UGCCUAGCGGUUCGGUGAACUUCCUGGCUGAAUGUGCGGGUAACGGCGGGCGGUGGCUGCUGCAGAGGACUGUCUAUACUAUGGCUGCCGCAACCAUAGUGCGAGAUACAUCCGAAGCUGUGGAGCUAUGUCAACUGCAUGGUCUUUAUCUAAAGCCCAUCUCAAAAUUGAUCAUCAGCGUGGCGCUCCCUCAACUGAAGCAACCUGGCAAAUCCAUCUCAAACUGGGAAGUAAUGGAGCGUCUUAAAGGCAUGGUGAAUAGCCAUCAGUUCUCCACAUUGCGCAUUUCCAAAAGCACCAUUGACUUCCUACGGUUUGAGGGAGAAGUGGAGAACAAGAGCUUAGUCAAAGCUUUCAUAGCAGCUCUGGAUGGUAAAAGUAUAAAACUAAGUGGCUUCACUGAUAUCCUAAAAGUCAGAGCUGCCGAAUAUAAAAUAGAUUUCCCCACAAGGCACGACUGGGACUCUUUCUUCCGAGACGCUGAAGACAUGAAUGAAAAUUUACCCGGAGAAAGGCCAGACACCAUUCAUUUAGAAGGCCUUCCUUGCAAGUGGUUUUCUUCUAAAGAUUCUGGCACUGAGAAACCUACAGAAGGAGCCCUUGUAAAGGUUUUCAGUGUGUUUGGUGAGGUUAGGAACGUGGAUAUCCCCAUGCUUGACCCCUAUAGAGAAGAAAUGACUGGCAGGAACUUCCAUACGUUUAGUUUUGGUGGCCACUUGAACUUUGAAGCUUAUAUACAAUACAAGGAGUAUGUUGGCUUUGUGAAGUCAAUGAAUGCUUUGCGUGGUAUGAAGCUUAUGCAUAAAGGUGAAGAUGGAAAGGCUGUGGCUUGUAAUAUAAAGGUUUCAUUCGACUCAACCAAGCAUCUGAGUGAGGCAUCUAUAAAAAAGCGCCAAAUUGAGCGACAAAAAUUACAGGAGCUAGAGCAGAAGCGAGAGGAGCAGAAGAGAAAAGAGAAGGAAGCUGAAGAGAGACAAAAGGAGGAGGAACGCAAGCAAAAAGAACUGGAGGAGCUGGAGAAAGAGAGAAAACGGAAGGAUAAGAUAAAAAAGAAGGAGGAGAAGCAGAGAGAGCGGGAAGCUCGCAAGACUAAGAAAAAACUACAAAAAAUGCAGGCAGAGGAACAAAAGAGAUUGCAGGAGAAAAUCCGAUUUGAGGAGAGAAAGCUUUUACUGGCUCAGAGGAAUUUGCAGUCCAUCAGGUUAAUUGUGGAGCUUCUAAGCAGAGUGAAGGCUGCAAAGAUUUGUGAGCAGGAGGAGAAAGAAGCAGAGAGACUUCGUCUCUUGCAGCUGGAAGAACGGAGAAGGCAACAGGAGACAGAACUCAGGCGAGUUGAGGAGGAGAAGCAGCGGACCCUAAGCUUACAUCGGAAGGAAAGAGAGUUGAGAGAAAAAUUGUUAAACAGUCUACUCAACAGGAACUUGUACUCUGCUUCCCAAAUGAAAGAAGACCCUAAACCCCAGCAGAUUUACCCUCUCAACCCCAGUGAAAACCUCCCUCCUGACUCUAUGAACUAUGUCACAUCUACCUCAACACAAACCCUACCAGACUACGAGCCACUCCGGCCUUAUAGCCACUAUGCAACUCCAACUCUUCAUGCAGUAAAUGGAGCCUGUGUAGAAGACGCCCGACUCCAGGAAUACAAACCGAUGAAUAUCCUGAAUCCAGGCCGCCCUCUGUAUUCACUCACCAGCAUUCUAGGCAAUAAGAUGCAUCAUGAAAAUUCAGGAAAUAAAGAUCUAGAUGUACUGUUGAAGGAAAGUGAAACGCGUCCUAGUAAAAUGGACAACACUCACAGACAGUCUAAAGCUAGUAAGCAUAGCCACACUCAGGAUACAGUGCACAUGUGUAAGGCAAAACACAAACGGGACUUGAGUGGAGAGGAGGAGGAUGAUCACAGAAAGUUGAAGAAGUCGCACAAAAAGCAUUCCUCUAGGGAUCAUAGCCCGCGGAGAAGAAGUGUCAGCUCCGAACGUAGCAAAAACAAAGGGAGGGAAAAGACUAGGCAUAAUCAUAAAGAGAAGAAGCAUCACCGAAGAUCUUACAGCAAAGAAAGGAGAUCCUGGAGUAGUUGAAUGUGCUAGGUCUUCAACAUGCUCUCCACACAUGGUCAGGAAGCGUCCUCACUUAAAGGGGUUGUGCUUAGUUGGGGAGGGGCAGACCUGCAAAGGGAGGCAUACUUACCUCCUUCCCUCUUCGGGCUCCACUCAGGUCGCUGAAUGUAAACUUCCAGUUGGACGCCGCUGCAGCCAAUCGGUGACCAGCACCUCUUGCAUCAUGUAACCAUUUGACAGGUCACAGCGAUUGGCUGCAGCAGCGUCCAACCUGGAAGGAGAGCUCAGGAGGCGGGAUCCAGCGUUGGGAAGCAGGUAAGUGUGCACAGCUCCUUUUUAAAGGGGUUUUAACACUGAGCUCAGCUUCCACUGACAAAAAUGGGAGUUGAGCUGCACUAACCUGGCAUGGCCACUACAUACUACGCAGAGCCUCUGGCUCCGUACACUGUGUUUUCCCCGGUGGCCGUGACUCUUACUAGCGGCUGCCUAGUGAGGGGUCAAACCACCACUGAUCCUGUAAGGAUAGGUCAUAAAUAUGGAAAGCUGGAAAAGACUAGUGAGAAAUCCCAUAUAAAAGCAGAAUGUACAAACUGCUGUAUCUACCAUGGCGGCUGCUGUGGGUCCCGCAAUCUCAAAGGGUCUGAGGUGUUGCCUGGGGUAUGAUUCAUUUAAGCUCCUGAGUGAUGUUGGUAUUUUGCCGCUUAUGUUAUUCCUCAGCAUAUAAGUCCUCGAUCACACAUCAGUUAGUAGCAGAUGUGGGCUGUCUGGGGUGUCCACGGAACGUGGGGCCAUGGUGACAUGACAGGCCCUGUUUUUGUCUGUGAUUACCGAUUCCUCAUGCACAUUAUAGUCUGAGUCUGCGAAAACCAUGGGCACAACACAGGCCAUCCGUGUUUGGUAUGUGUUUUUUACAGAUUGUAGCUAGGAUAUGCUCUGGAAGUAAACUUUCAGCCUAGCAGUGUACAUAGAAUAGAAUGGCACGCGGAUAAUUCCUUGGACAUCUUCCUAUCUUGUCACAGGUGUCAUCAUGGACGCAGACACGUGAAAGAGGCCUAAGGGUGAGGACACACUUGAUGGUUUACUUGUAUUUCGUUUUGUGCAACUUUUCGGGCAGGUGUGCCACUAACUUUAAAGGGGUUUUCUGUGACUUUUAUAUUGAUGACCUAUCUUUAGAAUGAAUGGGAGCAGCGCUGCAGUAACCAGGCAUGACCACUACACCUUAUAUGGCGCUGUGACUGCUUCUGGUGCACAGCAGCUCCUGCAAACAGCUGAACAGUGGGGGUGCCAGGAGUUAAACCACCAUCCAUCCUGUAUUGAUGACCUAUCCUAAAGAUAGGCCAUCGGUAGUAAAGCCCUAGAAAACCGCUACAACUUUUCACAUGGAGCUAGUAAAUGUUCAUUCUCCUAGGGGGCAGCAUUCGGAAUGUGGCUAUCGGCCUUUUCUAGUUACAUCUCCUGAUAUCUCUAGCAACCAGGUCAACCCAAUUAUUAAUCUCUGCUCUCCGUCUACUGGUCAGAUUUUUCUGCAAUCUAGAGAACGUCUUGAAACUUGAAGUAGCUGUGACUGGUCUCAAGAACUGUACAUAGUUUUUUUUUUUGUUUUGUUUUAACUUUUUUUUUUAAAAGGUCCAUUUUCAGGUUAAUAUAAAUACAUGUCAUGCACAUUUUUUUUCUAUGAAUGACUGACACAAUUUUUUUUAACUUUUUAAGGACCAUAUAGGAUUACAGAAGGUUUUGGUUCUGGAUAAUAAAAUAUUUAUUUUACCUUUUAUGUUAAACCUCUUGGACUUGGUCUAUUUUAUUUGUAUUAAUAAUUACACAUUUUAUAAUUCUACACUCAUUUCUCUGUGCAGUACUGUAGAUCAUCUGGAGCUCUUUGAUAUGUUUUCAGAGGAAACACCCCCAGCUUCAGAUUACUCAGGCAAUACUUCUUAUCUAUAGCUUGCCCUUUUGGUAGUCUGUCCUCAGGAAAGUUG